UAAUUUUGCUAAACAUGAACUCAGAGGUAAACACAUUGCUUAAACUUUUUGUCCAACUGCUUAUCUUCCAAUGGGAAGAUAUUUGACAUCUGUUAACAUUUCAUUUUGGGUUGUCCUACUUUUGCUUCAAACGCAUGGAUUUAGAGGUUGCUUGGAAACGGAGAGAAUUGGGUUGUUAAAGCUCAAGGCUUUUAUAGAAUCAGUCAGUGAAGGUCCAGAUACUACACUCAUUACAUGGGUUGAUGGUCAUGAAAGGAGCAAUUGCCGUAGUUGGGAUAGAGUUAAGUGCAACGCCACUACUGGGAGACUAAUGGAGCUCUCUCUUAGUCAUGCAAGGACACGCAUCCCUGGUACUUUGUUCCGAAUUUGCAAUCUAAAUAUCUCUUUGUUCCAUCCUUUUGAAGAACUGGUGAGUCUUGAUUUAUCUGAUAAUGGAUUUGGUGGGUGGAUUGAUCAGACUGAAGGUAACUUUAUUUACUUUCACCUACAUAAAAUCAGUAGCUUCUCUAGAUUGACACCUAUGGCGUUAUUUACAUUUUUACCUACCUAUGCAGGUUAUACAAGUUUUUCGAGCCUGAAGAAGCUGGAGAAGUUAGAUCUCACUAAUAACUGCUUCAACACCAACAUCUUCUCAUCUUUUAGCCAAUUCAAAUCGCUCAAGACCCUGAUUAUGCCUUAUAAUGAUCUGAAAGGAUCCUUUCCUAUAAAUGGUUCUAAAGGAUUGUUGAGCUUGAAGAAACUGGAGAUUUUAGAUCUUAAUAACAAUCUCCUCAGUAGCAGUAUCUUGUCAUCAUUGACAGCAGUUACGUCGCUCAGGACUUUGAUUCUUAGUAACAACAAUAUGGAGGGUUCCUUUCCUAUCCAAGAACUGAUAAAGUUGAAGAACUUGGAAAUGCUCGAUCUAAGUGGUAACCGAUUUAAUGCUUCCAUCCAAGGUUUUGCAGGAUCAGGUAGUUUAAACAAGCUACUGGUUUUAGACCUGAGUAACAAUCGUUUCAGCAACAGUGCAUUCUUGUUAUUGAGUGCAAUCUCAUCACUCAAAACUUUGAUUCUUAGUAACAACAAGAUAGAAGGUUCACUUCCUAUCCAGGAAUUCACAAGGUUUCAAGACUUGGAAUUGCUUGAUCUAAGUGAUAAUAAAUUUAAUGGUUCCAUACAAGGAAUAUGUGAAUUGAAGAACCUCCUUGAAUUGGAUCUCAGUGACAACAAGUUUAGUGGCCAUCUUCCAAAGUGCAUUGGCAAUAUGACCAACCUCCAAGUUCUUGAUCUUUCAUCCAAUCAGCUGGAUGGGAACAUACCAUUUGAUAUUAGCAAUCUCAAGUUUCUGGAGUAUUUAGCACUUUUCAAUAACAAGUUUGAAGGCUUAUUCUCACUAGGUUUAUUAGCUAACCUUUCAAAACUCAAGGCAUUGGGACUUUCAUCACAAAGCAAAAUGUUUCAAGUAGAAACUGAAUUUUAUUUGGCUCCCAAAAUUUCAAUUGAAGGCACUUGGGUUGAGCAAUUGCAAACUCAAUUUGAAAACUAACACCGUCCCUAGUUUUCUUUU